AUGACGCAAACAGCGAAAAACGAUAUCGUCCUCCAGACGGACCUGCUCAUCGUCGGCGCUGGACCUGCGGGUGCAGCGUUGGCUUGCUUUCUUGCUGCUCAUGGACGAACCGGCAUCUUGAUCGCGGCUGCUCCCGGCACAGCGGAUACACCACGAGCUCAUAUCACUAACAUGGCUGCUCUUGAGUGCCUACGAGACAUCGAACUGGAGCAAGAAUGCCGAAACGCUGGGACGGACAGCAAACACAUGGAGCACACGCGGUGGUGUCGUAGCAUGGCGGGCGAGGAGUUUGCUAGGGUUUACUCGUGGGGUCAUGAUCCGAAGCAUAAGGGCGCAUACGAAACCGCCAGUCCGUGCGACCACAUUGACCUACCGCAAACCCUCCUCGAACCCAUUCUCGUCAAGCGCGCCACCCACGCCGGCUGGACCGUCCGCUUCAACACGCGCUACGUGCGCCUCUCACGCCCGUCUCCAGACACCGUUCUGUCUGAAGUCCUCGACGAGCUCACGGGACAAACCUACUUCAUCCAGUCGCGCUAUCUCUUUGGUUGCGACGGCGCCCGCAGCCAGGUCGUCCGUGAGCUGCAGCUGCCUCUCAUCAAAAAAACCGGCCAGGGGUUGGCCCUCAACGUCUUUGUGCGCGCCGAUCUAUCGCAUCUCAUGGAGAACAGGUCGGGGAACCUGCAUUGGGUCAUCAACCCUGAGGAAGAGGAGUACCCGGCUUGGGGCAAGGAGUGUAUCGUCAGAAUGGUCAGGGCUUGGGACGAGUGGAUGUUUAUCUUCUUGCCCCAGCCAGGCGCCGACUUGAAGGCGGAUGAUAUGUCUGCCACCAACGAGGAGUAUAUGGCGCGCGUGAGGCAGGUGAUUGGAGAUGAGAGCAUCGAAGUGACGCUGCUACAUGCCAGCAAGUGGUGGAUUAACGAGGUGGUUGCGGAGCGGUAUUCUGAUGGCGGGAAUAUCUUUUGCUUUGGUGAUGCGACACAUCGGCAUCCGCCCUUUAACGGGCUGGGAAGCAAUACUUGCAUCCAGGACGCGUUCAAUCUGGCGUGGAAAAUUGACUAUGUCAUGUCCGGCAAGGCGGGCAAGGAGUUGUUGAGCAGUUUCGACCAGGAGAGGCAGCCGGUGGGCGUGGAUAUCGUUACAAGGGCAAAUCAAGGGUUGCGCGACCAUUUCGGGUGGCAGAAGACCUUGGGAUUGCUGGAGGAGAACAAGGAGAAAGUGGCCGAGAUCUUGGCGGAGUUUGAGGACCCAGGUGAGAAGGGCCGCCUGAGAAGGAAGGCAUUCCGUGACGGGAUUGAGAAUACCACAACCGAGUUUCACGGAUUGGGCAUCGAAAUGAACCAAAAAUACGUGUCGAACGCCGUAUAUCUGGCAGAUCAGGGAGAGGCGCCGCCGGCGCCGAAGGAUACGGUCAGGACACUCCAGGUUACUACUUAUCCCGGACGCAGGCUGCCGCAUGCUUGGUUGAACACACGAGUUCCUGGGAAGAAGAUCUCGACGAUUGACUUGGCGGGACACCGGCGGUUCUGUUUGCUUACCGGGCCAGGCGGACAGGCGUGGAAAGACGCGGUGAAGGCGGUCGGGGAGAAGUUGGGUGUUGAGGUUGUCGCAUACUCGAUUGGGUGGAAGCAGGAUUACGAGGAUGUGUACUUUGACUGGGCUGAAAGGAGAGAGGUUGAGGAUGACGGGUGUGUCUUUGUCAGGCCGGAUCGGUUUGUCGCAUGGAGGAGCAAAUCGGUGAUUGAGAAGCCGGAGUUGAAGCUAGAAGAGGUUUUGAGGGGCGUUUUGUCGCUAUGA